UUUAUUUAUGGAAGAACAACCAGUCUAACUUUUAAAUUUACAUGAGGAUCGGUUUGAAGACUUCAUCAUCAUGGCUGCAAUCUCUGGAGGGCAAGCAUGUCCUCAUAACAGGUGGAUCAACUGGGAUUGGUCUUGCCAUUGCCAAAGAGGCUCUCUCUCAAGGAGCUUUCGUUACCCUUUUAGCCAGAAGCUCCUCUAAAUUGGAGAAAGCAGAACAAAAUCUUGCCAAAAAUGGUGAUACCAAACAUAAAAUAUUAACCAAGGUUGCAGAUGUGGGUGUGUAUGAAACUUUGGCAAAGGCAAUAAAGGAAGCUUUUGAAUGGAGGGCUGUUGAUGUGCUGGUUUGCAAUGCAGGUGAUGCAAAAACUGCACUUCUGGAUGAGAGCAGAAUUGAAGAUCUGCAUGCCAUCAUUCAGACUAACUUGACAGGGGUUGUCAACACUGUGCAUGUUGGGAUUCCAUUGAUGAAGCAGAGGAGUCCCAAAACACCCAUGUCAAUUGUUCUCAUGAAUUCUCAGUCAGGAAUGUAUCCUGUGUACGGGAAUUCUGUGUAUACUGCAACCAAAUAUGGUCUAAAAGGACUCGGGGAAACUCUCAAGCUUGAAUUGAUGCCUCACAACAUCCGAAUAAGCAUAGUCUUUCCAGGUUAUGUGGAAACCCCCAUGCUUGAUUACUGUGGUGCGGAAGAUAACAGAGAUCUCUUUGAGUUAAGUAAGAUCAUAAACUUUUAUGAUCGAAGUAAAGCAGACACAGCUGAGCAUGUUGCAAAAUAUACAUUAGAAGCAACAAAGAAUGGUACUUUUCUUGUCACAAGCCAAUUCAGUGGUCUUAUGUUAUCCACAUUCUCUCGUGGAUCUAUGCCUGCAGAAUCAUUUGGAAGGGCCUUGCUUGAAUUGAUAUUAUAUAUUCCUGGUAGACUCUUCAGUUUCAUUGCGGCUGCUUAUAUCUAUUAUCUUAUAAAGCAUAGAAAUCAUAAGAAAUGAAAAGGCCAGAUCAGACCAUUUCUUAUUGAACAAAAGCUUUUGAUUAAGUUGUUUAUCUUAUGAUGGAUUAGGGCAUGUCCUCAUGCUGUUGCUUAGCUUAUUUUGGCUAGCAGCAACUAUUCAACUUUUUAAGGAGCAAUUUGUGGA